AUGGAGAUUGAUGGAGAAUCAAAAAUUAUUGGCAUUAGAGCUAUUGUGCUAAUCACGAUGUCUGACACGGACCGUGGCAUCGCUUGGGUCCGGUCCGUCGCCACUUUAGGCGAACUCUAUUACAGGAUUGCAGAAAAGAGCAGCCACCAUGGUUUCCCAGCAGGCUUCUGCCACACUGUCGGCGUCGGCGGGCACCUAAGUGGUGGUGGUGUGGGGACCUUGGUAAGGAAAUAUGGUCUCGCUGCUGACAACUUCCUGGACGCCACGUUAGUUGAUCAACGGGAGGCUGUUGGACAGAGAGUCCAUGGGGGGGAAGAUCUCUUCUGGGCUAUCAGAGGAGGUGGAGGAGCAAGCUUUGGUAUCAUAGUCUCGUGGAAGGUCAGGUUGGUCCCUGUUCCCCCCACUGUCACUGUUUUCACCCUCCACAGGACCUUGGAGCAGGGAGCAAUAGAGCUUCUGAAUAAAUGGCAAUACGUCGCACACAAGCUCCACGAGGAACAGUGUGGAGAGAAGGGAGUGGUGGCUGUUUUUAGUUCUUCGUUUCUUGGGGGUUAUGCUGAGCUGCUCCAGCAUAUCGGGAAGAGCUUUCCAGAGCUGGGGGUGAAGAGGAAUGACUGCAGGGAGAUGAGUUGGAUUCAAUCCGCCGUCUACUUUGCUGGAUUUACAAACGGAGAGCCCAAGGAAAUUUUGCUGGAUAGGGAUUUCAGUUUUUACUCGAAGGUAUUUCUCAAGGGCAAGUCUGACUUUGUGAAGGACCCCAUCCCUUUAAGUGGGUGGGAAGGGAUCUGGAGAAGGUUUACGGCGCAGGGUGCUGGCUUCAUGCUCAUGGAUCCUUUUGGUGGGAGGAUGGGUGAGAUUCUAGAAUCAGAGAUUCCAUUUCCCCAUAGGCGGGGGAAUUUGUUCAAUAUUGAAUGUAUGGUUUCAUGGAGAGACAGCGGGGUUUGGACACCUGAAAAGCACUUGGAUUGGAUUAGGAGAAUGCAUAGCUAUAUGAGGCCCUACGCAUCAAAGCAUCCGAGGGCUGCUUAUCUGAAUUGUAGGGAUCUGGACCUGGGCAAGAAUGAGGAGGGUAAUACAAGCUACUCAACGGCUAAAGUCUGGGGUAGGAAGUACUUCAAAAAUAAUUUUAAGAGAUUGGCGAUUGUGAAGGGUGAAGUUGAUCCAGAGGAUUUCUUCUGGAGUGAACAGAGCAUCCCACCUCUUAUUUUAGACAAAGAAAGGAGGUCGAGUUUGAUUGGUUUCAAGGGACUAAUUUCUAAACCCGAGCCACCUAUCAAACACUUCCUUUGAUUAGUGAAGAAUGUAUAAUUGGGAACUUUAUACAUGAUCUGUUAUGCUCAUGUAAUCCUUUAUCUUUCACAUCCUGUCUGAACUUCUUUCAGGUUCUGUAAAUUUUCUGAAUCUAAAUAAAGUUGUUUGAUGGCUGGUUACAGCCUCCAUUACCAU